AUGUCUACAGCAAUAGCUCAACGACCUGUUACCACCUCAAAUAUGAUUGGUGGGCAAACCCACUCGCAAAAACAGCAACGGCGACAAAUCUCAAAAAGACAACAGCAGCAACAACGAAAGAGUUACGAACACAACAAAAAUACACGUAUUGAUAGUAACCCACGAAUUACGAAAAUUACGACAAAUAACAACAACACUAGCAAGCCAUCUAAUAGUUAUCCGAAUAUCGUAAACUUUUAUGUGGUCACUUCAGCGUUAAGUAAAUGUUUGCUACUCCUGCAGAACACUGAUUUGGGAUUGAUACCAUCAUAUCUUAAGAACAAUUUCGCAGAAAGAUCGAUUAUCAACGAGAAAAUUGCACGACAAGUCAAUGAUUUCAAUCAAUAUGUAGCAGAAAAAGAAAAGGUUCCCAAAAAUAUGAACACCACAAACUUUGUAAUAUCACGUCGGCAUUCACGGUUACUCAACAAAUUAGACGUUGAUCUACUAAACGAAAAGCAAAAAGAUUCACUACGCGGCAUCAACCUUGAGAGCAAACAGCCGACGAAAAAACAAGAACUCGAGAAUCCUCUAGCUGAAGCCACUUCUCAAAUCAUAAUUGAUGCGUUAAGCGAAACUGACGACUUAACCAAAGUUGGUGCUAACAUCUAUAAAUAUCUCGAAAAAUGCGGCCAAACUCCUCAAAAUCUUUUUGAUUCAUUACUCAAAGUUAACGCUCGAUACGGAUGCGGUACAACACGCGACCAAGAAAAAGUGUUCUAUUUGCAUCACAGUAUGGCAAAAAAGGGUGGUGCUGAUGCUCAAUGUGCUCUCGGAUACUGA